CAGCCCGCGGGGCCCCAGCGCUUCGCCUUUACCCUCGUGUAAAGAGGAGCGCGACUACAGGAGCCGCGGCCCUCUGGGCCAGCGACCGUGCCCCCCCCGUGCAUAGAGAUGCUGCGGGGCCUGUUCUGCUGGGUCUCUCCUCCCUCUUUCCCUUCCUCCUCCCGUUAGAGGGGCCUCGCCUGGCCGAGUCUCCGUCUGCGGGUUUAAGACUUCGAGUCUGACUGUUUUGGGAAAGCCCGUGAGGGCUAUGAAGACAGUGGGAGCGCCGGGAUGCGUCACGUCUUUAGUGUGUUAAUAGCAACUUGUUGCUUUUCGUUUUAUUUUGUGCUGUGAUGGUGCCUGUUUAUUGCAGAGGGUCUUGAGGCAGGCUGGGCACAGCGGCGUUUCUGAAGGCAGGGUGCUGUGUGCAUGCGCGCGGUAUGUACCCGGCAGGUAGAGUCACAGUCACCGAACCUUAUGGGACCAGCCUGAGAUGCAGAGCCUCUUUGAGGAGGAUUUUUUGCACUACUGACUCUUUGAACUGGGGUGUUCCUUCUGGGACGAGUGUCUUUACAGGUAUCUGCCUUCCCCAUAGCAGCUAAAACUUGCUACUUGUGUCGUGAAGUCUGGGUGUUUCAGAUUGUUACUCAUUACGAUAUUGUGUGCAAGAAAGGGUUUUCGUGACAGAGCAGAGCAUGCACAUCAUCAUUUUGCAAAGGAGCCAGUAAUCCUCAGUGAGGCUUUUGUUGACUGCUAAUCUAGAGUGGGGAAAUUGUACCUUUUCACUGGCUGCUGAGCUGCCCGGGAGAGACUGAGAUGUGGCUCUCUGCUUCUCCUUUUGACUUCUUACCUCAACCAACAAGAUCUGAAGAAAGAGGUUUUUUUGUGACAGCAGGACCUUGUAUUCUUCUUUCAGCCAAAUCUGAUAACUUUAUCAAAAGAGUGCAAAGUUGUAGACUUCAGGAUCGGUAAAAAACCUUCCUCAGGGGUCAGAAGUGACGGUAUCGGUAGGAGACAAUUAUUUGCUGCUACCGAUACUUGCUGUCUUUUCUCUUUUGACUGUGUCUAGUUCAUAGAUGUUGUUGUAAUGCAGGUGACUCCCUUGGGCUGUCAGGCUCCGCUGCUGCAGAAGAAAAAUGCAUUGUAAAUGCAGACGGGCUAGAAGAAAUUAAAAAGCCUAACAGUGUAGAUCAUAUCAAGAAAAUACAGUUUUUUGUAACCUGAUGGAAACGGUAAAAAACUUGCACAGGAGUGGAUAGGUAGUUUGAUCAAAUGCUGUGCUUGAAUCUUACAUGUCUUUCUAGGACAAAAUCCUCUCUGGGUUGCACAUGCUGGCUGGCUGGUGGUCCCUCUUGGCAAACAGAUUGUGUAUGGUGAGUUUUUAAGUAGCGAGUUGCUAGCUGGGAGGUAACCAGAGUGCAGGAUGCUGGGGUCAGUGCUGAUCAGGAGUUUGUUGUUUGUGCUGCGUGUUUUCUGUGAGCUCUGGUGGGUGAGAAUUACUCCUUCCGCUGGCCAGGGCAGUGUUGCUGAUGUGCUUAGAUGGCUUCCAGGGGCCAUGGAAAAAGGUACCAUUAGAAUGCAAAGUAUUUUUGCUCCAUUCUGUCUGUCUGUCUGCAAGUGCCAUGUGUAUUUAAGCCAUGCCUUUGAGGAAAGGUUUUCUGGAAUAACAUCCAACCUUGUUAGAUAUUGGCUGCUUAGUUGGCUUGUUGUGCCUGCCAGUUUCCCAGCGAAAGGAAGGCAGUUCUCAAGGCCUCCUGUAUUUUUUUAAUUAACUUUUUCUGAUAGACAGAGACUUGGAGAAGUUUCUGUACAGCGCUGUGUGGAGGAGGCUUGGUGCAGAGAGAUUAGCAGCACCCUUUGCUUCUAGCUGGGUGGUUUGUGUCUGUUAAUCCUGGCAUCCUCCUCUUUUGGGCUUUGAAGCCUGUGAUGACAGGGCAUGGAACACUUGGUGUUGGGUGUGUGUGGUGCUGCUUGUGCAUAUCAAAGAGGGUCCAAGCAACUGAAAUGUGGCUGUGGGAGCCCCACUGUGGCAGAAAGCUCCAUAAAUAACCAGCAAGUGGGUGUGUGCUUCUGCUCGGAGUAUCCACAGAAAAAAGGAGCUGUCUGCAGAAGUUGCAAUUUUUGCAGUGCAGCAAGGGAGGUGGGCUGAAAGGGAGUGUUUCUGCAUUCUCAGCAUCAGUGAGAGCCGCAGUGAGAUCCCAGGUGUUGUUGUGUGAAGUCCUUCUCUGAGAGUAGUAAGGCACUGUAGAAGGGUGCUCCCUGCCCUUCCUGCCCUGCAGUAGCUUUUGCAGGUGGCUGUGUUGCCUAAAUGUCCUUGACCACACUGUUAGAGAAAUUGGGCGUUUUCCCUGUGUGAUGGGGAAGGGUUUUAUUGUUGAGAGGGUUCAGGGAAGUUCCCCUUGUUGCUGCUUGUGCCAUAUGUGAGUCUGGUGUACAGGGAAGCUGUUGUUGUGGGCCUCUUGAGCUGACAGCUUCCAUAAAUGUCAGCGUUUUGAGAUCCCUGAAAUGGAGCAAAUAGCUGGUGACGUUGGCAUUGGCUGGAGUGUUCUGUUUCCUCAGUCAUGAAGUACUGAAGUGAAUGGAGGGUCCCUGGAAACGUUGCAACCCCUGCAAAUCCCGAGAUUUUGUUGAGUCUGACGUGGUUGGUGGUUUUACACUAAUGCCUUGACUAAAAGCACCAACCAAACGUAAAACUUCCUGUCUGCCUUUGUUCUCUUAGAACCAGCAACAUCACACCUAACCAACCUUGGUGAAGAGCGAGAUCCCUGAAAGGAGUAUAACAGUUCCAAGCGUAGCUCAUAAAUGCUGCAGGAAGUAAUUCUUGUUUCUGUCAGCAUCUUUCCCACAAGGUAGCUCCCCACGUGUUUUCCAGUCCAGUAGGAUAUGAAUAGCAUAAGACCAGACAUUGGCUUCAGGGCAGUGGCUGUGCCUGCCCAAUGAUUGCACUUUGUUUUGGUCUGAGGUUAAGAGAGAGAUUCACUUCCAAGCUUUGCACUUUCUCAUGCGUGCAGCCUGUCCAUAUGGCAGAUAACUGUGCCUUUAAAAAUCCAUAUCCACUUUCCUUUCCAUCUUCCCAAUAAGUCAUCACUGAGUCCUGAUGGACUUUUGCAAGUGGAAGAGAUCAAAUAGGUACAAAUUGUUUCAACGUAGCAAGCGUGGGAGGGUGUCAGGUCUGCAGCAUUAUUGCUGCUCAGUGACUCAGUUCGUGUGUAAUGCAUUUGCAAACACUCUACUUGCUGCCUGUGAGAAAUGGAUUGGUGGUCCCAGGCCAAGGGAAUAAGAGGUGGGUGUAAUAGUUAGAAAUAUUUUCCUGCCCAGUAGAUGGGAGGUGGAAUAGUUGCCUUCCCGGUAAGUUCUCUUGUACACAGAAGUAAAAGUCUUUAUAAAUCUCCCCAAAGUGUCCUGGGCAGUGAAUGAAGAUGGUUGGAAGUAGCAUGGCUUCUACCGAUAAGAGGGUGGUGAAAGAGUGAGACAGAACUAAAGCAGGAGAACUAUGUCAGGAAGAAAAACGUUUUUGACUUGGGAGAUUUGAGUGAGAAGGAGAGCAAACAGAGUCAGUGAGUGUGUUGUCCCUGUCCAUGUGGGCAGGCUCUUGCACCCUGACAGGGAUGGUAGUGCUAGGAUCCAGAGAAGAUAUUAUCCUGGGUGGCGGGCAUUUGUGUGAUACUGUGUCUCUGAUUUCUUGGUUGAUAUCGAUAAUGGACUAAGUCAAAUCUCUUGUCAUGGACCAGGUGCUGCCCUGACUUUGCAAAUCCAAGGACAUGUUGUUGGCAUUCUGUCAGUGAUGCACUUUUUGGCUGGAUUUUUGCUGGAUGGAUGCGAUUCUGCUCCCAGUGGACUGGUAGACCAGAUGUUGGCUUGUCUAGUAGUGUGUUGCUCAGCAAUGAAGAACGAGGCAGCAGUUUGUCUGGGACUCUGGUUCAUCUAGUUGCGUCCUGGGGUGAUCCUGAAAUAGGAUGGCUGUAUUAUUUACAGGAACAUAAAAGUGGGACAAAAAUGAACAGUUUUCCCAUGCUGUCUUCAUCCUAAUUCCCGGCAAUCCAGUUCUGUAACCAGUUUUCAUUGUCUUCAGUAGGUUCUAUGUGAACAGCACAUAGGACUAGACUGCAAGAGCAAGAAGGCAGGAUGUUGUCAAGACCAAAACCUGGGGAGUCUGAGGCAGACCUGCUGCACUUUCAAAACCAGUUCCUGGCAGCCAGAGCUUCACCUGCAGUGAAGAUUGUGAAGAAAGCAGAUAAGAGGAAAGGGGAGGAAGGGAGCAUAGAUGCUGGGAGACCCCCGCUACAGGACAGCAAGGAUGUAGUCAUGUUGGAUGAUUUUCCUGAUAUUCUCCCAGCUCUAACUCCAGCUCCUCCAAAAAAGUCCAAGAUCAAAAAUGCUUCUGUCCACUUUGAGGAUGAAGAUCCGGAGGACACACUGGAGAGUCAUGAUCAACACAUUACAGCAGUCUUAAGCAAAAUUAUUGAACGAGACACCAGUGCAGCAGCAGUGACCAUGCCAGUGCCCACGGGAGAUCCAUUUCCAAGGUCAUUUCACCGCUCUGAGAUAAAAAAUGAGGUAAAGGUGGGAUCUGGAAGAAAAAGCAUCUUUGCGCAGAAGAUGGCAGCGAAAAGAACUGCUGAAAAGGCAGCAACAGCUCCCUCUGCUGCCGACUGUGUGCAAGUAAGAUCAGCUGCGCUGGAUGCCUUGGAUUCUCAGGAAUCAGCGGGAGAGACACCUCUCCCCAGCAUCAGGGGUGAUCUUACCAAUAAAGGUGGUGACUUUUCGACCUCUCAGCGUCCUUGUCUCAUAACGGGAGAGGGUCUUGGAAGCCAAAAGAGUGAGCAGGAAGCUGAAGCUAUUCACAAAGAGAACUUGGAGAAGCUGCGGUCCAUGUCUGAGGAAGAGAUCCUGCAGGAGCAGGCAAGGCUUCUGGCUCAAAUGGAUCCCAGUUUAGUUGCUUUCUUAAAGUCACAACGUGGUAACAAUGAAGGCCAGAAAAAAGAGUUAAAAAUGGAACAGAACAGACCAGAGGAGUUUGUGGAAUCUCUGCCCAUGGCUCAGCAUGGUGUAAGAUCAUCUCUUUCCAUGCAGGAGUUAGGUCUGGAAGAAUCUGUGAGGAAGGAAGAAAAUGUGAAGGUAGAAAUCACAGAUGAUGAUCUGCCUGUGAAACCGAGGAAGGAAUGGAUUCACAUGGACAAUGUGGAGUUUGAGAAGCUAGAAUGGAUGAAAGAUUUGCCCUCACCCCGGCAGAAGAAAACCAAAGAGGGAAUGCAAGCUCGAUUCAGUUUAAAAGGAGAAUUGAUUCCUGCAGAUGCUGAUUUGCCAACACAUCUAGGCUUGCAUCACCAUGGAGAAGAGGCAGAGAGAGCUGGUUAUUCUCUCCAAGAACUCUUUCAUUUGUCUCGCAGCCAAGUUACACAACAGAGGACACUGGCUCUGCAGGUCCUAGGUCGUAUUGUUCAAAAGGCCAGGGCUGGAGAGUUUGCUUCCUCCUUGAAAGGCAGCGUUCUGCGUCUGCUGCUUGAUGCUGGGUUUCUCUUCUUGCUGCGCUUCUCUCUGGAUGAUGCAGUGGAUAAUGUCAUGGCAGCAUCUGUUGGUGCUCUCCGGGCUCUACUGGUGUCCCUUGAUGAUGAGAAAUAUCUUGAUUGGACUUUCUCAUGGUACCAAGGGAUGGCUACAUUCCCCUUUGUCCCCAACAAGGAGGAGGAAGAAGAGGAGGAAGAGGAAGAAUUAAAUGGAACAGAGAAAUCUCAAGAUAAAAAAUUAAAGGAUGAAAACAAGCCAGAUCCAGAUGUGGCCCGAUAUGAUGUUGUAAAGGGACUUUUAAAGACACGGAUCCAGCACCGGCUGAGGUACAUCCUGGAGGUGGUGCGACCUGUUCCAGUGGUAGUCCUGGAUAUACUGCACAUCCUCACCCACAUAGCAAGGCACUCCUCUGAAGCAUGUAGCCAGCUGCUUGACUGUCCUCGGUUGAUUGAGACCAUUGUCAGGGAAUUUCUUCCUACUCAGUGGGAUCCCCAAGUGGCCGAACCAGGAUUUUUACUUACCAGUCUCCAUGGAGUUGCUUGUGCCAGUGCUAUGAAGUUCAUCAGAGUGUUGGCAUCUGGAGGCCGAAAUGCAACAGCCAGGCUGCUUAACAAAUUUGAAAUGAAAAGUCGGUUAAGUCGAUUUAUAGCUGAAGACCCUCUGGAUCUGCUUCUGCCAAGGGAAGAAGCCAUAAGGCUAAGCACGGAAGCCUUGCGGUUUUGGGCUGUGGCUGCUGGUUAUGGACAGGCCUGUGAUCUCUACAGUGAUCUCUACCCUGUGCUGGUGAGGAUACUGCAGUCCCUGCCCGAGUUGCUCAGAGCUUGCGCUGGUAGGAGCCCUAUGGUUGAGCUGUCUGUCCAGCGAGCUGCGGCAGUAGUUACUCUGUUGAUACAUGUGACACAGACAGCAGGCUACACGGCAGAGCUGCAGGCCAAGCUGAGCAGUAAUAGCUCAGAAGAUAGUGUACAGAUUCCACCUCCUCCAGUAGCAUGGAAUCAAGUGUCAGGCUUACAGCCCUUCCUUGAGACAAGUCUGAAAAAAAUCCUUCAAGAGAUAUCCCAUACAGAAACUUGGCAAACUCUACAGCCUCUGACCACAGCUUGUGUGAUCUACUUGGGAGUUUAUUACAGUGCUUGCAGCCAACAGCCAUCAGUCAAUCCAAUUGACUGCUUAGAGGAACUGGAACGUUUGACAUCUCAGGUGCUGCAGCCCCUUCUCAGCCAGCCAGCCAUACAGAGCAUGUGGGACUUGCUCAGGCCGUGUUCUGCUUUGUGCAACCCUCUGUCCUGUUCCCCGGCACCAGAAUCCGUCAUCAGCAUUUCAUCUCUGAGUUGCACUGGAGGCAAACCUCCUUUGAGCCUGGUUGGCUCCAAGUCACCUUUCCCCUUCCUUACUGCCCUCCUGUUUCUCAUCAAUAGUAUCACUGAUAUUCACAAGGACCUGACCAGCAAGUACAGCUCUGUGCUGGGCUUCAGAGGCUUGAAGGAUUAUCUGCAUCAAAGCUGGCAGACUGGACCUCCCUCUGUGACUCCCUCAUCUGCAUGGAUCCUACGCCAUGAAUAUCAUCUGCAGUACUUUGUGUUAGCAUUGGCUCAGAAAAUGGCAGGCACUUGUCCGAAUUACACCCAGCAUGCCUCACUCCAUCACUGUGUUGCCAUGGCAUUGCUAAGCCGCCUGUUGCCAGGGAGCGAGCAUCUGGCUCACAAGGUCCUACUGGAUCUUGCCUUUAAUCCAGAGUUUCUUCCUGAAGGGAAAGCUGGAGGGCCAGAAGCAGCUGACUUCUCUGAUAUUCUGCAUCUGGGUACCAGUGCAAAACUGGCACAGCCUGGCUCUGCGACAGCAGUUUUUUCAAAGGUUACUCGUGGUGCCCUGCUGAGAGAAUCGUAUCAGAAUCUACCUUCCAUUCGUUCCUGUUACCUUUCUCAUUUUGUCCACUUGCAGCCUACUCUUCUGCAUUCCCAAGCGUCCUACCAAGGGCGGAAUUACCUCAUCCAGUCAAUGCUGCUUCCUGAGGUCAGAGGGCCCAUCCUGCCUUCAGACUGGCCGUUCUUUCCACUUAUCAGCCUCUACAACAAAGUGACUAAUGCAGAGACACGUGGGGCUGUACUGAACUCUCUCCCACUUGAUCUCGUCAAUACUGUGACCUGGAACUUGCAAUGGGUCUUACUGCUGGAAACCUGGCGUGAUAAAACCCUUCAGAGCAUCCCUACUGCUGCCAAACUUGCACGGCUUAUGUGUGUCUUCCUCACAGGCUGUGACCUCUUUCUAGAAGCACCAAUCCACCGCUACACAGCUGGCCUUCUCUCUGUGUACUGCCAGCCCAAGGCCCUGGACUCCCUGAACUUGGAUGCUCCUCUCCCUGGUUUGGCAUCCUUCCAUGACCUCUAUAGAAGUCUCCUGGAGCAGUUUGAAGGUGUCUCCUUUGGAGACCCACUGUUUGGAGUCUUUGUUCUUCUACCUCUACAGAAGCGUUUCAAUGUUCAUCUGCGUCUCUCUGUUUUUGGGGAGCACACAAAUAUCCUGCGGGCACUUGGAGUGCCGUUACAGCAGUUCCCUGUGCCGCUUAAGCGAUACACUUCCCCUCCUGAGGAUAACCUGAACCUCCUGCGGCUCUACUUCCGAACACUGGUCACUGGUGCGCUGCGUCACACCUGGUGCCCUGUUCUUUACGUGGUGGCUGUGGCUCAUGUGAACAGCUUUAUUUUCUCCCAAGAAAGCGCGACGCAGGAGACUGAUGCUGCUCGGAAGAGCAUGCUGCGGAAAACAUGGCUGUUGGUGGAUGAGAAUUUGAAAAAACACCUGCUGUACUACAGACUGCUGAAUGCAGAGAACCCUAUGGGAUUUGACCUUUAUGAGCAGCUCCCUCCCGUGAGACUGAAGUACCUGCAGAUGGUGACACAGAAAGAAAAUAAGGAGAAUGCACCAGCGCUAGACUCAUAGCAAAACACUUGUGCAAGAAGAGAGCCAAGGUGAAGAAUGGAAGAGCUCAGUUUAUACUUCACUGAUGAAACUACUUGCAGCUCAGAUGGUUUUAGUAUUUACCUGGACAUUCUUGGCAUCUUUGCCACGUGAAGCACUGAUAGAAUGCUCCCACGUCUGCAGAACAAUGCACAGUAUUUGUGUGUGUGGCCUUUCUGUGUUAAAUGUUGGAGCAUUUUCCUUCAUUUUCUUUCGUGUUCUUCUUCUUCUUCCCAGAGAAGGUGAGGAUGUGUCUGAAAGGCACUGGACUGUUGGAUGAACUGAAGGAAUUGGAAAAGCUAUUUCGUUCAGUCAGGCUGGAAACUGAGUUUUCAAGAUGAUGUCUGUCUUCCCUAGAUAUUUCCCUUGCUUUUUUUGUACCCUGAAUUUUGAAUGGUCCUUUCCCCACACUAUCCCCUGCAAAUAGAAUGAUGAUGUGACAGGGAAAAAGCUGAUCCUGAGAGCUCUUUUUUCCCUUACAUUUAAUAUAUAUAUAAGCAGUUUCUCCAGGAUAGUGUUCUGUGCAUACAGAUGUAUUGCGUCAGACCUCUAAGAAAUAUUAAUACCUAAUGCAGUGGUACAAACAUGAAUAUCUUCCCUUGGCUGUCUUUUGGAUAGUCUCUAAACUGUUUUCUUUUUUCCCUUAAUUUGGUUCCAUGUAUAACAAGAUCAAAAAUAAUUUAGAGAAAAAAAAAGUAUCUGCUUGUUUAGCUAGAAUAUGUAUUGAUUGCCUUCUGAGGAGAAUGCAAUUUCAGUGUUGAAGUGGAGUUUCUUAGCUCAAAUGUAAUUUUAUCAAUGUUUAAUUUGAUCCCACUUCUACAUCCAAAUUCUAUAUUGCAGUCUUAGACACAAGGCUAAAAGGCUCCUCACAAGUGCCACAUCAAGUCCAGAAUUUACUCUAGGUUUGAUCCCCCUGGAUGUUUUCUUUAUAUCCAGUAAUUUUUGCAGAACUACAGUCACUCUGGCAGGCUUUUGUUUGGAGAAGUUUAACAAGGUUUGUUCAUAAAAGUAUUUCUGAUUUUUUGUUCUUACAAAUAAAUUCCUCUGGAAGGUGCAGGGUAAUGCCUAGUCUGAAGGCCUAAGCUCCUGUUGCUACCUAUCAAACAGGCCAAGUUAGCUUCCCUCCAAAGAAACCAUGCCUGUAUUAACCUUGCUCCAGUCAAUGUCCCAAGAGAAAUAUGAAACACUGUUAAUAGGCCUGCUUGUAGUUAUUGAAAUUGUUCAGACAAGAAACAAAGUCCAGAUAGCAACUUUAUAGAAUCAAAGAAUCAUUUCGUUUGGAGAAGACCUUUUAAGAUCAUUGUGCCCAAUGAUAACAGUAUCUUCCUUUCACCUGAAAAGUCAAGUGUUGCUGCCCCCUCAAAUGGCUACAUAAUCACAUAGAGCUUAGGGCAUUUGUGACUGGGUUGCUGUCUUUGUAUUGGCAGUUUUCUAAGUGUAUCAGUCCCCCUUAAGUUGCCAAAAAAUAAACAGUUUCAUUUUCCUUCACCUUAUUUCAGAAAGGGCAAAACUGCAUUUCCAUUCAGUCUUUUUUCUGCUUUUAUCUAGAUGGUGAGAGCCCAGCAGUUGUCUUUCAAGAGCAAUGGAUGGUAAAAUAUAAGGACUCCUAGCUGCCCCUUUAAGACCAACCUUCAUCAAGGACUUUGCCUUUUGCUUUUUAGACCACCAGUUAUAAAAUCUCUUCCAGUACUUUGUGCGAUGCAAAGUUGAGUUUUGUAUUGUGUACAGGGUGUAAAUAAAUAUUUUGAGAACU